GUCACAAAACAAACUCGCUUUGUGUCCUUUCUUCGGACUUUUAACCAUGCGUGCGGAGGGGAACACGCGCGUCAAGCCGCGUUGUGUCCACCUUAUUUCGGUCCGGCCUUCAGGUGGGGAUUUGACUUGGAGAGAGUGAGCGCCGGUUGAGGGGUCCGCCCCGUUAUUCCCUCCCCCGGCUCUUCCUUUCCACCCCCCUCACCAUCCCUCCCCAACAACCCCAUCCCCGUAACCGUCCCGGGUGGGCCCGGCUCGGCGGCGCGAGACAGGCCUGCUUUUAACUCUCGAUCGGUCAUCAUUUCGUGCCCGAUAGUUACCGUCACGCCGUCUUUUUUUUUAUAUAUAUCUCACACCACACACAACCGGCGUUAUUUUUGUGUUGCCCGGCCGCGCGGGUUCGUGGCGGGCGGGAUAAAAAAAAAAGCGGAGAGCGAUCGCCGAGUGAUGAAGAAAUUCUUCGACUCCCGGCGGGAGGCGGCGGGCUCGGGUUCGGGAGGCGGCGGCGGCGGCGGAGGAGGAGGCGGUGGCGGUGGCGGCGGCGGCGGCAGCAGCGGCGGGAGCGGCGGCUUGUGCCCCGGCAGCGGCUUCAUCGGCCGGGUGUUCAGUGUGGGCCGGCAGCAGGUCACCGUGGAGGAGGUGGUGGCUGAAGGUGGUUUUGCGAUCGUGUUCCUUGUGAAAACUCAUAAUGGGGUGAAAAGUGCACUGAAGAGGAUGUAUGUCAACAAUGAACAUGAUUUGCAGGUCUGCAAGCGAGAGAUCCAGAUCAUGAGGGACCUGGCUGGGCACAAGAAUAUUGUCGGAUAUAUUGAUUCCAGUACGACGGCUGUCGGCUCUGGAGAGGUCUGGGAAGUACUGAUCCUGAUGGAUUUUUGUCGAGGAGGCCAAGUUGUGAACCUGAUGAACCAGCGAUUGCAGACUGGUUUCACUGAGAACGAGGUGUUGCAAAUAUUCUGUGACACAUGUGAAGCAGUAGCAAGGUUGCACCAGUGCAAAACACCCAUCAUCCAUCGGGAUUUGAAGGUUGAAAAUAUACUGCUACAUGACAAGGGACAUUAUGUCCUCUGUGAUUUUGGAAGUGCAACUAAUAAAUUCCAGAAUCCAAAGGUUGAAGGAGUCAAUGCAGUUGAAGAUGAAAUUAAAAAGUACACAACUCUGUCCUACCGAGCCCCUGAAAUGGUCAACCUUUACUGUGGCAAACCUAUUACUACAAAGGCUGAUAUAUGGGCUCUCGGAUGUUUACUGUACAAACUUUGCUUUUUUACACUACCGUUUGGAGAAAGCCAGGUUGCAAUCUGUGAUGGGAGCUUUACAAUUCCAGACAACUCCAAAUACUCCAGCGAGAUGCACUGCCUAAUAAGAUUUAUGCUCGAGCCAGACCCAGACAAAAGACCUGACAUUUACCAGGUGUCGCACUUUGCAUUUAAACAAAUUGGGAAGGAGUGCCCUGUCCAGAAUGUCAGUAACUCUCCCAUUCCAGCCAAGCUUGUUGAGCCAGUAAAAGCCAGUGAAGCUGCAGCUAAGAAGACACAGCCCAAGGCGAGACUGACAGACCCAACUCCACCAACUGAGACAUCAAUAGCUCCUCGCCAAAGGCCGAAGGCUGGGCAGGCUCCAGCCAACCCAGGGAUGCUGCCCAUUCAGCCUUCUCUGACCCCACGCAAAAGGCCAUCGACCCAGGCAGUCCUACCGCCAGCAGGUGUUGUUCUCGGCAGUGGUCACAACACUCAGCCACCAGGCCCACAGCAGCCUCAGCAACAACCAAGGCCUCAGUUGCAGCAGCCGCAAUUGGUGCUGCAACAGAAGCAGCCCCAGGCGUCAGCAGCGCAGCAGAAGCAGGCACAGGCUCAACCCCAGCUGCAAGCAGCAGGGCAGCCUCCUCCUGCCCCACAACAAGCAGCUGUCCAAGCCCAGCUCUUUGUGCAGCAGCCCCAGCUCCUGCAGCAGCAACAGCAACAACAGCAACAGAUGAUGGCUCAACAGUACCACGCCAUGCAGCAAGCAUUGCAACAUCAGAUGAUGCAGAAUUACUAUCUCCAGCAACAGCAGCUUGCAACAGCCGUGCAGCAGCUACAGUACGUGAACCAGCAGGCUGCUCCUGCCCAGCCACAGCUGCCCUCAGCACUCCCUCAGCAUACACCAUUACCUCCACAGCAGCAACAUAAUCCAGCCCCACAACCAGCCUCUCAGGAACAGGGAAUGACCCAAAUACAACAACAACAACAGCAGCAGCAGCAGCAACCUCAAGUGGCCCCAAACCAGUCUCCAAAAAUGGUGUCGGUGUCACUGACUCCUCCAUCAUCACCGAAGACUCAGCGUUCUGGCCACAGAAGGAUCCUCAGUGAUGUCACGUACAGUGCAGUGUUCGGUGUUCCAGUCAGUAAAUCGACCCAGCUCCUGGCGGCUGCAGCUGCUGAAGCUGGUUUAAACAAAUCCAAGUCAGCUACAACCACUCCCUCAGGAUCUCCACGGACCUCUCAGCAGAAUGUCUACAAUCCUCCUGAUGUGUCUACGUGGAAUCCUUUUGCCGAUGACAACUUCUCCAAACUCACUGCUGAGGAGCUGCUCAAUAAGGACUUUGAGAAACUCAAGGACGGUAAGGUUGAGAAGACCAGCACAUCCGCUGAGAGCCUGAUCCCAGGGCUUCCAGUAGCUCAGGCGCAGUUGCAGACAGAUGCUUUUGGAAUUGAUCCGUUCACAAGUGGUGCAGGAAAGGCUGAGAUAGCGGUGGGAAAUCUCAUAUCUGGAUUUGAGCCCUCACAGCCUCAGCGACUGCCUCCAAUGCAGGUGGAAUCUUUAAGUGUUGUGGCUACAAAGAAUACUUCAGGUUUCCCAGCUGAUGGAACCAGUUUUCCUGCGGAGCAGUUCCUGGCGACUGCGAGCACCACUUCUGAGCUCAGUGAAUCCAAAGGGUGUGAAAACCGGAGUAUGAACUGGCCUGGCCAAGCCCACCUAUCCAACUCCAACUCUGUGCACAGCAGCGAUGACGAAUGCAUCGAAGAUGGUGGCGAUCUGUUGGACAGCAGUGGCCACAGACCUCUCCUCAUGGAUUCGGAAGAGGACGAGGAGACCGGGAAAGGUCAGAACGUGGUCGAAGGACGGCGUGGGCAUGUCCGUUCAGGUGCCACGACUCUGUCGGAAUCCCCGGCCAAGGAGACAAGCGAAGGAAGCACGGUCGAGACGGAUGUGUUUUCUGCGGCUCCCUUUGGAAGCCCAAGGAGUGCUGAGGUCGGAGAGUGCACUGUCGACGUUUUCACCAAGGCCCCUUUCAAGGCCAAAGUCAGCCCCGCUCGAAAUCCAAUUGAGGAGGUUGACGUCUUCUCCCGGGCUCCAUUCUCGAAAAAGAAAACUCUGGCAACUUUGCAGGAGACAGUUCCCUACCCGCCAGUCACAAAUGCCGGUGAAGAAAUGCCCGAGCACACUCAGUUCGGUGGCAUGGCCCAGGGUGGCCUUCAGGUCAGCCAGAGUAAGUUCCCUGGUUUUGAAGAGCCGUGCACCGAAUCAUCCGGGGGAGUCCAACAUCCUACCGGAACUUUCAAAGCCAGUGGCCAGCAAGAGUCCAGGGAUGUAGUGGCAGCUCACCGAUCAAUGGAGCCCUUAAAGAAUUCCACAGACUUUGCAAACCACCAAAUGCACCCACUCCCCGGCACCUUUCUGAGUCAAGAAGGGUUACUGGCGGCUGUGAGCCCUCAGCCCUUCCGACCUCGGGCCCUGGCCAAAUACUCCCGUCACUACAAGGUGGAGGAUGAGCGACAGAACCAGCCAGCCACUCCUGAUAAAAUGCAAGGAGUGCGAGGAGCUGACAACCCUGCCUCCCUGCACCUCAGGACUUCACAAGCUGACCCCUUUGCUGCAGCGCCUUUUCCCUCUAAAUCCCGAAAUCCAAAGCCUUAAGGUGCGAGGGAGUGAUUUGGCCGAAGCAUGGGUUUUGUAUUUGCAGCAUCUCACUAGAAACACUUGGCCAGCUAAGGACCAUGAUGCUCUCUUUAUAAUCACCUUCACAGAACUGUAUCGAACCUGCUAAAUUGUCGAAAUCUCAGGCCAUGGCAUUGUGCAAAUAAUCUUGUAUUGCUCUGAAAGACAGUAAUUGUGGCAGAAAAGAUCACCACCUUCAACCUGAUCGAGGCACUGAAGGUUGACGAGCCUGAAGCCGGUUCCACAUUGUGCCUGUUUUAUGGAUUCCAGACAAGCAUGGUUCAGCCAGGCCUCGACAAUGCGCAAAGAACAUCAAGUGGCUCACGUUUGCAGUUCGCUUGGAUAUCUCUCUGCAUUUUCACACCCCUUCAUUGAGGUUGUGUGCUUGAUCUUAGCUUCAGCCUCAAUUUUGAAGCUGGGAUGACCAAAAUCGCACAAGACUCAUGUUUCACAUUGCACAGUGUUCAGUCCUUCAAGUGAUUUGCCUCCUUGCGGACAUGAUUAUCUUUUAUACACUGCAUUAAAUGUGUAAAUAUAAAGCACUACCAUACAACCAAAUGUUACUAAGCUGCCUAACUAUAAAUUGAAGGAGACAAAAAUGUAAUUUAACAGUGCCUUUUAAAAACAGACUUGUUUAUUUCCAGACGUUGAAUUGGGGUACUGUGUGCUUCUUGACAUUGACAGUAACACAAUUCUGCUGCUAUUCUUGACACUGCUGCCCUCCAGAAGUGUGCAGUGAGGUUUAGAGUGACAUUUUGUGCUGUGCAAAUGCUGUUUGAUUGCACAACGAACACUAGAUCUGAGUGAUACAAUCAUAGAUUCCUUCAGUGUUUGCCCAUUGAUUUGAGACAAUGAUUGCAACUCUUGAGUGUCACCAGAAGUUAGCUGACAUCCUUCGUUUGAGUGACUCCCCCGGAGAUCUCAAGUUCUUGGAAUAAACAUUAAAAAAUACGCUGAGGAGGUUUGAAACAAUUAACUUACACCCCAAACUUUCAUCCCCAGUAAGAACUUUGCGAUUUACCCAGAAGAGGUAAAUGUUGAGAAAUGAUUUUUUUUUGGCUCAAGUACAUGACCACUCCCUUCAACAGUCAGUGUGCUGUCUAUCAACAAAGAUUAUUUUAAUUUCCAAACAAAUCACAAUCACUAAACUACAUUUGAAGAUGCACGUAGUUUACAGUCAGUGUUAUUAUGUAAGUGUUCAUGUAACUUUGUGGUGGUCGUCCAGUACUAGUUCUCAGGUAGUGAUGCCUAAAGGAGCUGGGUUUGGAAAUGCAUUGGCACUGAUGAGAGAAGAAGUUGAAUGGCAAUGUUGGCAAUAAUGGUUAAAAUGCUGCUAAAAAAAAUUGCCAAAUAAGGUAUUGGCACAUGCUUGUCAUAGGUUCCCUCCUUAGUUUUUAAAAAUCACAGUUCUUUGGAAUUUCAAUAGAUUGUUCAUGGCCCACGCUAUGGAUACCAUAAGAUAUUUCCAUUCAAAGAAAAGCCUCCUUAGUUUGUCUGCAGCUUCCGUUCUCCAGGCUUGACCCAUCAUGGAUGAAGUCAGGAAUUCAACGAAAUCGGUGCAGUUGUUUCGGGGGGAAAUAAGCUCUUGGAUUGCCACUUUGUUUUGACUGAUCCAGAGGGUCAGUCAUCCAGCCUUGUGUCCAGCCUGCUUUUGAUGUGGCUGACAUCAUCAUGACUUCAUUUUCCAUCAGGCCUGAGGCCUGUUCUCAGCUGACCAUUCAGUUGCCGUGUGCAUGUGGAAACUGGGUUGAGUGUGGAGGAGGACUGCAAAGAGAUGUACUGCCUUUGAUGAACUUCAAACCCAGUCUGAGAAAAACUGUGCCUCUGGUCUGUGGUCACUUUUGCUGGCCUGUUAAAUUUGGCAGGAUUUCACAAACCAACUGGCAGUUCAAGAACUUGACAUCUUUAUUGGGAUCCCAUUAAAUCUUGCUGUCUUCCCUGUGUGAGCAUGAAAACUGUCUUGCCAUUGAAUUGUCGCAAGUUUCUCAUGAUGAAACUCCAGCGUUAAUGCAUUAGGUUCUCGCUUCUCCCCCACCUUCUCCUCCCCAAGUAUCUACACUUCAAAACUGGUCAUUAGAGAGACCUGAGGGGCAGACGCCUUGUCUGGAACUGUGCUAACCAUGCAGGUUCUGCUCCUGUCACCUGCUUACGUGGCUUUUCCUGUAUUGACUUUCGAUUUAUUGCAAGAGGUCAGGAGCCUUUUGGGAAAUUUUUCUUGCUUGUAUAUCACAGUGUUUGCAUGUGAAAGCUAAGACAAGGAUAAAACGUGAUUCCAGAAGACAAGUCAGUAGACUGGUGCGAAUAAUGGAUUUUCACGAACAGAAACUGCUGGUAACACCCAGUCAGCCAGCAUGUACAAAGUUCAUUGGAACAGGAGCUGCCCAUUGUGCUCAUCCAGCUUGUUUGGCACUCUAAUUCGAUUCUGGCUGAUCUGUAUCUGAACUUGAGCUACCAUGCUGAGUAAGCUCACACUUGAUAAAAAGCUAUCAGUCCCAGUUUUGAAUUUUCAAUUCAGCCCCAGCUUCAGCAGCUUUUUUGAGCAGAGUUCCAGACUUGUGUGUCAAAGUAUUGUAUGUCAUCACCUUUGAAUGAAGUAGCUCUGCAUUUGAUUUGAGGUUAUACCCACUUGUUCUGGACCAUCCCACCAAAGGAAAUAGUUUCCUUCUGAGAUACUCUUUCGCUCUCCCUGUCAGCUCCUACACUCCAAGGUCCACAAGCCUUGCAAUUUAUCAUUAGCCCAUGAAUAACCUACUUCUGCCCCGACACACCUUAAUGGACCAUGAAUAACCUACUUCUGCCCCCACGAUGACAAAGGGGAGACCAGUUCUGAUGUUGUGUGUGUCCCUAGAAAUGUCAGAACCUCUGUGCUAUUUGCGGAUAACUGACUGCUCUACCAUGUAGGCCCAGCAUUUGUGGUUUCCACAAGUUGUCUUUUUAUUUUAAGGGAGUCACCAGUUAUGACUUGAUAAAGGAAACCUGUCACAAGCCUCCUUUGCAGAAGUUUCCACAAAGUGGCCACAGGCUGCCUAAAAGCCUUUGUCAUCUAGCAGGGCAGGACUGCAAGGCUACAAGAGGCAGGAACUUAACUGACAUACCAAUACUACUUACGAUGAUGGCCAUCAUUUUGCACACUCUGUUCUCCCUUCAUUCUGAGAAUAAGAUUUUAUUGUCUCUGUUUGGCUUUAACAGUUUGUUCCACCUUUUCUUUUGUCCUAACUGAAAGUGAAAGACUUGGGCUGUUUGAACUUCAUUGUGCUUCUCCAAGGUCUAAGACAGCAGUGGUUUGAGCAAAUGUUGGACUAAAACAGUUCCAGUUUGCAGCGAUUUUUCUGGCUCCUAUCCAUUUGUUCCCACUGCCCCCGUCACGUUUUGAAUUGGUUUCGGAGUUUCUGAAUGUACACAGAUACUUGGAAACACUCCCCACUUUGGCACAAAAGAAACUGUCAGAAAUUGUACAGAUAUAAUGUUGUGUUUUAGCUGAAUGGUAUGUUUCUGCUGUUUGAAUCCAAAGGCCUUGGGUUUGGCUGUUUCAGUGAAAGGUUUUAUGCAUGUCUUUAUGCAUGAAUGUCUGGCCUGCCUUGAUGGGUUUUGAGAGCUGUUUGGCACGAAUAGAGAUGCAGGCACAUUCUGGAACUUGCUGCACACCUUUCCAGUAUGUACAGUGAGCUGGUUUAACUCGUGGCAAUGGGAUAGAAAUUUGCUCAGUUCUGAGGCAAAAGCUGCUGUCUUGCUCCAAAUGUUUCACUGGUCAUUUUUCAAAAUAAUUCCCAGCACAGCUUCACACAAGCUCAUUUGUUGUGGUUGCAGAGCUGAGUGGAUUCAGGUUCCACUCUCUUGUGGUGACGUCCAUUUGAAUCCCACUCCCACCUAUGUUUUAAAACUUGUUAACCAAAAGAGAGAAGUGACAGAGUUGGAGUGUCAUUGUGCAGAUAAUACCUACUUUGGAAGGCAUUUGAGAGUACUGGCUCAGUGCUGUUGGAGGUGAUGGGGGCAUUGAGGGGUUGGAAAUCGCUAUUCAUGGGAGAUUGUCAAACAAGUCAAAAAAAAGGGAACAUUUGAGGAAUAUUUGGCUUGUCUCCCAUCAGAAGGUCUCAUCUUUGCAAACUGCAACUACAAUGUGCUUACCAAGUUCCACUUUAAGGUUCAGGCGUCUUUGGUUUUAAGUAUAGGUUUCUCCCAGGCUUGUAGUAACUUAUUUUACAAGUCUCAAUUGUUUCGACAACCCACAGUUGUGUGUUGCUAUAGAAAUCCUGAGGGCACUUGGUUCUCCCAACUGCAUUCUCUUCUGCAGAUUCAUCUGGGCCACUACAAGUUCACUGCCUAAGCAUUUUUAUUCUCCUUUCCAGAUAUACCCCAACUAGAAAGCCACCUGUUAAUUUGGGAAUGAUUGACGAAUCUUCUUCAAUGGUCACUGGUUGGGGGAGAAUGGUGCUCUGAGGAGUUCUAGCACUGAAAUUGAGGGACAUUGGGGCAUGAGGCAUGGAGGGGAGGGAUAAGGUGGCUUUGGUGAGACAGCGUAGAUCCUGUCACGUGUCUGAACAGUGCACAGGCAACAGAAACCCUGUUCAACAAAUGCAGGCUCAAGUCAGUUUGACAUGGUUAAUUCAUCACCAAAUCAAAGGUUUACCAAAGGCCAUGAGCUGCAGCCUUGUUUGUUCCAUAUCGUUAUUUAACAGCCUCACAUGUGUUAACAAUGUUUUAAAAAGGAGAUUGGUCUGGGGGAAAAGAAAGUUUGGCUGAUGAUCUUUUUAUUUGGCUGAUGGGUUAGACUGCAGUGACCUGUUGAAACCAAGUAGGUGCACUUACAGGGUUGAUUUUCCAACACUCCAAGCCAUGUACCAAACUUCUUGCAUUGCACAACUCUAUUCUACCUUUUCAGCAGGAUGACAUGGGUGUUUUUUUUCACAAUCCUCCUCCAAUCCUCCAGGUCUCUGACUGUAUCCUGCCUCGAGAUAUCAGUCACCUCACUGCCACUCUGAUGAGAGCCCUGAGGCUACACCAUUUGCAAGACAUUAUUUUGCCAUUUUUAUUGAGAUGUGUAAUUUUUUGAUUGAAAAGUCAAUCGUCAAAUCAAUUAGGCAAGUGAAUUUAAUGUGAAUGCAUUAAACAUUUAUGCAGUCCUCAUACCGGAUCAUUUCAAGAGUGAAAGGACAAGUGUUUUUGAUGAGUGCAAAAUGACAGGAUGAGGAGCAAAAUGCUGGAAGCAACACUUCAGAUUGAACUGUUUAUGGACGACAUUCCUUUGUGAUCUCAGCUGAAUAUUUCAAGUAUUGGAGCAUGUCAUUUUUUGCAGUGUUUACUGGCUCUGCUUUCAUGAAAUAGUUUACAGCUUCGUGGAUGCACCUUUUGAAAAACCCAUGCUUGCAAUGCGUGGCAGGGCAUCUUUAACCCCAUUCCCAAUUUUAGUGCAUUGUGAACUGGCCCUGCACAUGCACUCAAGAUUUCUUGUUGCAUUGAAAUGAAUUUUCAGUGCUCUGUGCAAAAUAUUCAUUCGGGUGUUUCCACUUAUUGUUUACUGCUCGUUUCCCAGUCCAAAGCUGUGCAUCUUGCUAGGUAGGGCAUGAUUGGGAUCAGCACUGGCAGCCUGAUCACUGCUGGUAUCCCCUUCAAAUGCCACUGUAACCUGAGAUGAAUCCAGACUUUGCAGCUGAUGUCGCUGGAAAUGAGGAAGCACGAGCAGGAACCCUGGCUUUUCUCCCACCUGAGGCCCAUUGAUAUUGAAGGUCAAUCUUGGUUCUUGACCCCAGUGCCCAAGCCCAGAUGUGUGAAUUCAGCACAAGCUGAGCAAGAUGACCAUUUGGAUCAUUCUGCUUCCACAACAGGGAUUGGACUUUGUUGAUUUUUCCCAAUGGCUGACACAACGUUUUCCGUACCAAGGAUUAAAAAUAGAAAUUAGUAAUAAAAUUAGUACAUGCUGAAGAUAUGGGUUGAAUGAACUGACUAAGGUUACACUAAAGUGUGAAAUGGUGAAUUCAAUGAGAUUUGUGCUUAUUUUCAUUUUUGUGGCCUGAUCAGGGGUUGUCGGGUGAAAGAAUUUUACUUCUCAGUUUAUGUUUACUGCUUGACAACGUGACUGCUGUUCAAGACUAGAUUUCCUUAAAGCAAUAUAGACAGCAAUCAUGCAUUGAAGAAGUCACCCAAAGAAAGCCCCGGUUAGAUUUUAAAUACUGAAUAUCAUUUGUGUUUCUGCAUCUGAACUGGGUUGGAUGUACUGACUUUUACCCACACCCAAUGCUUGUUCAGGUGCCUCUGUGAGAAAUAAUUAACUUUUUUCCCACUGCAGCUCAUUUUAAUUGUAUUCCGGUGUUCAAUAGUGCUGUAUAUCUCUAGUUUUCAUGAAGAAAUUAUAAAAAAGAUUUCGAAACAUCUGUAUUGAAGUGAAGUUGUUGAGAAUAAAAUGUGUCAUGUUUUACUUUU